GAACAGCGAGUUUCCAGUAAAGUAUGAUUUGCCGGGUACGUUGCAAGCUUUCACCUGAUAAAUAAUUUUCCUGAUUCUACAUACAUAUCUUCAACCAAACAUGGCCAAAUCUCUCAGGCUGGCAUUUAUCUUCCAAGUAUUGAAUAAUACGGACCGAUAUCACUUUUAAAGGUUUAUGCCAGAUUUCGACACCAGGCAAUUAAACUUUGGAACUGGUUUUUGGCCCUGGUCAAAUUAACCGUCUAUAACGAGCGAUGAGAUGUGUAUGAAUGGUGACCACGAUUCUGGAACUAGCAGCAUCUAAACUUUUGGACAGUGUGACAAUUUUUUUCUUUCCCCCAAUCCGUCAUGGAAACCAUACAUAGCGGGAUAGAUGACAGAUGAAUAAUCGAUAGCAGGAAGUGUGGCAAUGAUUAAAUCAACAGGAACGAAUUACAUCAAUUAUUGGGAGUGAGCUUUUCAGUUUGAAGAAGAAAAAUCUCGAUUCAUGAUGUAAGUAUUCUGGACAUUGGGGACUAUAGGAAAGAGAAGAUGCCCACAAAUUCACGAAACAAGAAACGAAAUAACCGACCGCCUCCCACGAGAGAGGCCGAAUACAAGAUCAUGAUAGACGCUGUGAAUGAUGCGUGUCUGGAAAUAAGGAAAUUCGCCAAAAAGUAUCUCAACACAGUUGAAGUGAACUACGAAAGCUGUGCAGCUUGUUUGGACGAGCUGCUGACCAGCUGGGAAAUGAAGGCUUCGCAAUUCUCUACCUCAAAAGAGUUCUGGGACAAACACAAAAUUAAACAAGUUGAGGAGAAUAUUAGAAAAAAACAAGAUUACAAGAAUUUAGUGUUUAUAUGUGAGAGAGCCAGGACAUUUGAGCAUAUGAUACCAAACAUUCGGGAAAGUCUGGUGGAAUGUGCUAGAGACCAUCUUUACAAAUACUGUCGGAGUUUUAUUGAAGAAACUUACGAGGAAAUUCAAAUUAGACCCAUAACUGAGUAUGAAGAAUUAAUAUCAACAAGCAAAAAAGAAAUCGACCAGAAGAUUGCUUCUUUGAACAACAAUAUAUUAAAGUACGGUGAAAUGAAAUCGCCAUUUCGCGAUUUUAUAUUCAAAGGAAACAUCCAUGCUGCUUUAAUGGAAGAAAUAAGUGUUCUGAACAUCGAAAUUGCUCAUGCCAUCAAGAAAUGGAUUGCAGACGAUGCCUCGUAUCCAGAGCGGUUAUUACAAGAGAUAUUUUUCAAUAAUUCUUACAAGGAAAAUCUAGUCGAAAACAUCCGAAAGUUAGAAGACGACAAACAAGUGGCAAUAAAAAAUUUAGAAAAGAGACACAGAGUGAAUUAUGUAGCGAUGAGAGAGCAUGUCAACCACAAGAAAGAGAAGCACAAACUCAAAAACAGCUUAGAAACUGUCAACUUGAAAUUGGAAAGGUUGGAAAAACAAAUAGAAAAUAAGCACGUAGAAAUCAAUGACUUAAAAGACGCUGUGGCGGAUAAGACACCAAUGGCUCCUAGAGAUCGCCAAGAGCUGCGGCGAACAUUAGAAAAAGCAGAAGCCGAUCUGGAUCGUCUAGAAGAGCGGAAGAAUGUGAUGGAGAGACAACAUGGGCGAUUAGACCGCGAGCUUAAGAGAGUUUCAGACAGGACAUACGAACUCAAGGUCGAGGUUGUGACCAACCGCCACGACCAGGAAGAGAUGAAACAGGGAAUUCUGGGUAUUGAAAUAGAAAUGAAAUCUAUCAUGGAACGACUGAGCAGCAUUGAUGAAAAACAAGAAAUUCUUAAAAGAGUGAGAGAACUCAAAUUGUCUCCAGACACAUUAAGGAGGAUUAACACCAAAAAACAGGAAAUCGGCACAAAAGCUAGAAGACUGAAAGUCCAAAUGGAUGACGCUUGCCGGUACGUCGCUUUCCACAUAGGGCGGGACUGGAAAAGGCUCUAUGAUCGUCUGCCCUUUGUUCCCCCACGUGACCCAGACAGACGACAGAAGGAUGUGGAAGUCAUAGAUACCAUUUCUGCCCGUCAAGACAAAACCCCCGAGGAAUCUGCGCUACGUUCUCUAGAGAAAUGGCGCUCAUUUAACCGACAGGGUGACAUUAUCCAACUAAUCAAGGGACUUAGAAAAUUGAAUAAAGUGGAAUUAGCUCAGAAACUGGAGAGUAGAUUCACGGUGCAGAAUGUCUAUGGAUAAACCUAGCAGUCACACGGGCAAACAGUCUCACUCUCGUUGAAUUACAACAUACGAUGCAAACCAGUUUGUGAUAAUAUAAUCUCUAGUCCAGCUUUUCCGUACGCAUUUUCUCCAAUUCACUCAAGCUGUCCUUCAGUAGUUGACUCAUCGUCUCCAAUUCCAUUAUCUGUUAACCAGUCAUUUGAUUACUUUAAAAUUCCCAUUGUAGUUUAAUGUGUAUAUAUUAUCUCUGAACAUUGCUGAGAUGAUUGUGAUAUUUGCCUCAGUUCAUUAUUUGAAAUUCAAAUGAUUUAUUCAUAUUAAUGGAUCAUUUCUCGUGAUAAUGCCUAUAUAAUUGUUUUUGCUGAAGAAGCAGUGUACAUUGUACAAUAAUACCUCUGUUUGAAGUUUCUCUCGUUUUUGUGACGUCAUUUUCGACGUUUUCAGCAGUUGACCGAUCUUUUUCUCCAAUUUCUCCAGUUUCUUGUUUAUUUUCUCUUUCUCCAUGUUAACAUCAAUAAUGUCCUGUAAAAAGUCAAUGAAAUAAAAAGUUACAACAAGA